UCGAUUACGUUGGGGAAUUCAAUCAUGAUACCUGAUGAUAUAUUACAAAUUGCUCAUUGUUGUGUGUUGAUAAACAGUUCUGAAGUCCAACCAUAUUUAGAAAUGCAUGCAGAGGAGCUUAAGCUUUUGGAUAGACGUUUCUUGAGGGAUGCUGCUCUACUACAUUCUAGACAAAUGGACACCUUUUCUCAGUGGUUGAAAGCAAAGAUUGAAUCAUGUAGUAAUGAGGUUUCAGAUAGAUUGAAAUGGCUUGCAGCUGGCCCAAGAAAACAUGCAACGUCUUAUUUGGGCUAUGUCAUUAAUGGGCAUCGCUUUCAUACAAGUGAUGUCCAAAGGUCCACACAAAAUAGCGGUGCUUCCAUUGAAGCAGAAACUAUUUGUCGAUCUAGUAAAAAAGACAUUGCACAAGUUAUUGAAAAAAUCUGUUUCUAUGGGGUUAUCAGAGACAUAAUUUUGUUGGAUUACUACAAAUUUCAAGUUCCUCUAUUUAAAUGUGACUGGGCAACUACUGGAAACGGUGUCAAAGUUGAAGAUGGAUUUACAUUGGUCAACCUCCAACAAGGACAAAAUCCAUUUGAGAGAGAUCCAUUCAUUCUAGCAUCACAUGCAAAACAAGUGUUCUAUUUGAGGGAUAGUGAUACAUCUAGUUGGGAAGUUGUACUUAAAGAACCUUCAAGAGGCUUUCAUGAUUUGGAUAUGUAUGAUGAAGAUGCCUAUAUGCCAUCUGCACCUUUAGAUGCAUCUAGACUUGGUGCAAAUACUAAUGAUGAAGAUGAGCACUACGUGAGGAUGGAUUGUGAGGGUGUGGAAGUGUUGCAUGAUUAA